UCCAAUCUGGCUUUUUGAGUUUUAUUGUUUCAUUAUAAACUACUGAACUUUUCAUGGCUGUAUUUGAAACCGCGAUGUCGGCGAUAAAUCAUCCUAAGAAAGUUCAAACUUUCGAUGUGUAUAUUGGAAAUUUACCUCUCGAUGCUGACCAGAAAAAGAUUGGAAAAGUAUUUUCAAAAUUUGGUGAAAUACAUGGUAUAUUUACCAACAGUGGUCCAGAUGGCACCAAAUUUGGGCUGGUCAAGUUUUUUUGUGAGACUGAUGCAUUAAAAGCUAUUGAAUCUACAAAUGGAACUGUUUUUGAAGGUGGUAACAAAAUUGUUGUUAAAGUGGCGGGUAAAAGACCUGGAAAUUCUUUUAAAAAAGAAGAUGCUGAACUAAAGCUUGAUAAAGAUGAUAUCAAGGCUGCAUUGAUGAAGCAAAGAAAUCCAGAUAUAGUUCCGACAUUUGAAGCCAAUCAUGGACAAGCAAGGAGAGAUACAGAGAAAAUUUUAGUCUCACAUGUGGAGACGCCAAUUAUGCUAUGGGGUCAAAAAAUGAGCCAAGAAAAUAUCAAUGAGUUAAGCUGUAUACUUGACCAAUUAGCGUUAACUUGUCCGGAGGCAGCUAAAGUGUCAGGAAAGCCUGAGAUGGAGAAGAUCUAUGGUGGACAGUACUCUGAAGAUAAAUGCUGGUAUAGAUGUGUGGUAAAACAAAUCAUUAGCACAGAAAAGGUGAAAGUUCAGUACAUAGAUUUUGGGAACACAGAAGAGCUCGAUCCAUCCACCCUGGUAGAACUACCCAAAUCACUUACAGCGUUACCUACUUGUGCUAUGAAGUACAUGCUCCACUCACUUUGGUGCAACAAUAUUCAAGACCCUACAGCAUUGAAGUAUUUACGUGACAUGGUGGAAGGCAAGGAGGCUGAAAUCUUUACCACUGCUAGACUUUCUGAUCACACUGGUUUCUUUGCUGAUAUAUUUGUCAAUGGAGUCAGUGUUAAUGAAAAAAUGCUUGAGUCUGGAUUUGUCUUUAGAAAGCCAGGACUAGAUCAAAGAGGGCUGAAGUCUAGAAUUCAAGGAGGCCCAGCAGGAGAUGGAAACACUUCAAAUAGUUUUAAUGUCAAAAGUGGUCCUCCGAAUAUUCGAGAUGGGUCAAGAAAAUUUGAGUCAGACAAAGACGAAAUAACAAAUUUACGUUGGAAGCUAAAGAACCUGCAGACUGAGUACACAAGUCUUUCCAAUAAAGCUCAAGAAAAUGAUUUAUCAAGCCAGAUUAAGAAUCUUCAAUCUCUGUCCACCAAUGUUAGAAAACUUAGGAACCAAAUCCCUCUGGAAAAAGAAACUCCAUUAGAUAAAGCAUUAGCUGUGGUACAGAGCCCAAGUAAAAUAACUAUUCAUGUCGCUAAAUCUGUCCCUGAAGUGUGCCGAUCUAUCGCUGAUUACAAAAAUGCACAAGAUGAAAUAUGCAAGUGUCAAGAUAAAGUUGUGCUGAAAGAAAAAAUUGAAGCCAGAGAAGAGUUUAAAAAAGAGCUUGUUACUAGGCUUUCAGCAGCAAUAGAAGAGUUAAAUAAUGUACCUUUAAUGGAAAGAAGCCAGCAAGUUCAGGAUGCAGUUGUGCUACUCAACAAAAACUAUGACAGCUACAUUAAACUACCAAUUCAACAGCCACAGAAAAUAGAGAUUUUACUUGCAACAUUUGAGGAAUGGAAGGUCAAGAAGAAAGUGGAGAUAGCAACUGCUAGAUUUGCAAGUGAUCAAAUUGAAAAAUCUGUCCAUUCUGCCUUAGACAACUUGAAAAGUUCCAUUUCUUUGAAUCCUGAGUUGAAUGAGGAUGAAUUAAAUCAAGAUCUGGAUAGCAAUUUGAAAAAUUAUUCUCGAGCUCUACAACAAGAAAUAUCACUAGCAGACGUUGAUAAUACCCAGGAUGCAAUACUACUUGCAUCACUAGUCCAAAUAGUCUUAACUGAACUGAGAGAAGAGUCUAAUUGUUUAGAACAUCUGACAAAAGUCUUGAAUGAGUUCACAUCUUUAAAGAAACAGAUUAGUCCAUGGAUCAACAAAACUCCAUCCAUAGCUGAACUGCAGUCAGUCAGAACCAAAUUAAAAAGUCUCAAGUCCAAGUUGAGACACAAACUAGCUGACAAAAUGGAUGCUGAAGAGAAUCAUGAUACUAAAGAACUGGAAGAAAUUGCUCAGGAUCUAGAAGUCAUAAGGAAUAGCAUUCAUAAAGCUCUUAAAGAAGAAGACUUGUUAAUGGCUGAGCUUAGUGAAUUGGCAAGUGCUCACUUCCCAGAACUUAUCAACGCUGAGGCAGAUGCUGGAUUCAAUACAUACAUUACAUAUAAAGGUUUGGUGAAACUGUCUCAUGCACCUGAUCAGUACACUAUGACCAGCCUUGGAAAUAAAUUAAGUGGAUUAUAUGAGUCACAAUUUGAUGGUGAACCAGUGUUUAUAAAGGAAUAUUUCUUGGGUAGUGCAAAUCGGUUGGGGAAAGAUGAGUUUCUGUUGCAAAUGUCCACUUAUUCAAAUGCUUUAUCACCACAUCUUGAGCCUAUUUAUGCAGUAUUUUUUGACAAGGAUUAUCGUCAUGCUUAUGUGGUGAUAAAAAAACAAGGAGAUAUUUUGUCUAGUGUAAUUGAGGCCACACCUUUAACUAAACAGCAAUGUCAGUCCAUAGUCAGCUGUUUAUGUAAAGCCCUCCACGGUUUACAUGUGUCCAGUUUCGUCCAUGGACAAGUGCAGCCUGACUAUGUUGUCCUUAAUGACAGUGGCAACGCCAAACUUUUACCUCCAGACUUUUCUAUGACAGAUGUAGAUAGAUGUACCAGUAAGUACUCAACUAGUAGUGGGCUUGAAAUAAUGGCCCCAGAGAUGAAGCCAAACAAAAAGUCAUCAGACCCAGCACCUUCUGUUGAUGUUUUCUGUCUAGGGCUAUUGACACUUUGGAUGCAUCAUCCAAAUAUAAGUUUUUCAGAAACCAGAGAUGGAACAGUGGACUUUUCGACAGUACCAUUGGAUAGAAAUUUAAGUAUUUUCUUAAUGAAGCUAUUACAUCCCAAUCCUUUACUGAGACCUACUUCUGAAAAUUGUCUUCGAUCUGAAUAUCUGUCUCAAGCUGUCACAUCUCAGGCAUUGUCUUCUUUUGAGGAAACUAUUUUAUCUCAAAAUGGCUCCUAUAACAGUAGUCCCACGCCUAUUAGUAUUUAUAAUUGCAAUGGCAAUGAUGGUUAUGUCUAUGCUGAAAGUAGUUCAGGAUUACAGAUGAUUGCUAACACUCGAGUGCCCCCACCACCGCUGAUGGAGACCCUAGUCAUGGUGCCACAGUCCUCAGCCAGCACAUUUAACCCCGUGCUUCCACCUAGCUUACAGCCACCCAGUACCCAGCAACAACAACAAAUGAAAUUUCACCAGCAACAGUUUCAGCAACAGCAGCAGUACCAUCUCCAACAAAUUCAACAGCAGCGAAGUCCACUUCAGCAGCAGCUAGACCAGCAGCAGUCCAAUGAUAUAGCUGAUAUUUCCUCAGAUCCUGAAAGUUGUCUUCACAGAGAAGACACUAGUGAGGCUUCUUUUGAAAUAGGAACUUUUGACCCAAAUGCUUUUGAGGUUGUGACGAGUCCCCAUUCCAUCAGAUCCUCUGUAGAUCUAUCAACAGACAGUGGUGCUAAAGAACUAGCUGCUGCUUCAGUAGACAAUCAAGGGGCAGAGGAUGACAGUGAAUGGGUGGACGAGGAUGAGACGUAACCAGUUGUGUUAUUUUAUAACUAGAGCAUCAUUUGGAAGGAAUCACUUUCUUAGUAAGGAUAAGACAAAAAAACAUCUUGCUUCCAGGAACUCUUUGGUGGUCAUGUUUAGUUAGAACCAUUCUAUUCAAAUAAGAAGACUAGUCUUUCUGUUUUGAUGGGUAUAGAAUUUUAAAUGAUUGUUAUAGUAGAGAAAACAGAUUUUGUUUUAGUUGCAUGGGAAGCCCAAAUACCUUUUUUUUUUUUUACUAAGCUACACUGCUAGCUGAUUUCUCAUUGGCAAAGUCAAUUUGAAAGAUCUAACUAUAUUUCUUAAGUUGUUUUUUUUAUAUGCUUUCUCUUGCAUUCUGAUAAUUGUAUUGUUAAUCCCAAUAUGGUAGCUUAAAAAAGAAAAUUUUCAAAGUUCCCCAUUUAAAAUUUAUUUUGUUAUUUUAAAAUGUCACUGAUCUGUUGAUUCUGUAUUGAUGUUUUCCAAUUUUGUUUGGACAAUGACUGUAGAUUAGAAAAUUUAGUCUUCAUAAUAUGAUAGUUGAUUAACAAAGAUAAUUUUCUUUGAUCAAGAUUUUCAAAUCAGCAGAUUUAGUUCAAAGCUAGUUGUAGUUUUGUUGUUUGCAUUGAUUUUAUGCAUUAUUUAUGUUUGUUUAUUUAAUGAAGUUGUAUUACUUACCAAAAUGUGUUGCCAUACAUUUUAAAGUAUACUGUAUGACUGUUGCUAAUGAGAUCAUUCAUUAGCUGUUUCAUCUUUCAUUUGUACAGACUUUUAACAUUUCUAAAAUUGUGUUGUUGAAAUAAAGGCUUCACUUUUUAAGCUGAGAAAACAUUCAUUCAUUUCAAAAUUAUUGAAAAAAAAAAUUUGUUUUUAGAAAUUUUUGUUUGUUUGUGUUACAAAGCUAUAUCAACUCACUCUUGUCAUGUCUGGUAAAAAGUUUGUACACAUUUUUCCCACACCCAAUCUCUUAAAUUUCGCACAAUUAUUUCUUUUUUUAAGUCAAUUUUGUAACUGAGGAUCAAGUGACCUUAUUAUUUAAAAGAGUAGACGUAACAAAAGCUUCUGGACCAAUCAAAAUUAGUGGCAAGCUGAUCAAUCUAUGUGCGGAGCAAAUCUCUUUUAUCUUCUGUCACAUCUUUAACCACUCGUUGCAAACGUGCGUAAUUCCACACAUCUGGAAAA